AGAAGAAAAAGCAGCUUCUUCUCUCACUGUUAUCCAGUUGCUGUCUGUGAUGCAGCAAAGGUCUGUCAACCGCCGGUAAACCUCAGAAGACAAUGAAGAAAUCUGUUUCUAGAGGUUCAAUGGCGUUUUAUCGCUUGUUUUUCUUCAUUUGUGCUGUAAACGUGUCAUGGGCUCAAAUUUACUCUGCGCUCUAUGAUGAGAAAACAUCCCGUCUGUUCCUGAGAGAGGGACUUCAGCCGGACACUGUCGCCGUCGCCAACUUCACCGACGACAUCAGUAACACGGGCUGGGCGUAUCUGGAGGUCAGCACCAGCGGUGGUUAUAAUGACACGCUGCAGGCGUACGCUGCUGGAGUCGUGGAGGCUGCCGUCACCUCACAGCUCAUCUACAAGCACUGGAUGAACACACUGAUGGGUUACUGCGGCCCGUUCUCUCCCGAUGUGAGCUACUGCCAGCGGCUCAAAGACUACAUCACCAGCAACCUGCAGUGGCUCAUGCAGCAGAUGGAUGCGCACGCAGACGCCCCGUACUGGCAUCAGGUGCGUUUGUCUUUGCUGCAGCUGCAGGGUCUGGAGGACGGCUACAACGGGCAGAUUGAGUUUCCGUCUGGAAGCCUUUCCAUCAACCCCUUUGGCUUCCUCCUUUUCCAGAUGGGUGGAGACCUGGAGGACCUGGAGGCGGCGCUGAACAAAUCCCACCAGUCUCGCGCCGUAGGCUCCGGCUCCUGCUCGGCUCUGAUCAAGUUCCUCCCGGGCCGCAAGGAUCUGCUGGUGUCACAUGACACCUGGAACAACUACCAGUCAAUGCUAAGGAUACUGAAGAGAUACAGCUUUGCUUACCGCACGUCUCCCACAGAAAAGGAGAUUAUUCCUGGCAGAAUCCAGGUGUUUUCCUCCUAUCCUGGCAGUAUUUUCUCAGGAGAUGACUUUUAUUUGCUCAGCAGUGGUCUGGUAACUUUGGAAACCACCAUAGGCAACAGUAACGCUGAGCUGUGGAGAUUCGUACGGCCCCGUGGAGCUGUCAUGGAGUGGCUGAGGAACAUCGUAGCCAAUCGACUUGCUCAAAGCGGACAAGCAUGGACUGACAUCUUCAGCAAGUACAACAGCGGAACGUACAACAAUCAGUGGAUGGUGAUCGACUACAAGGUUUUCGUCCCGGGCCAGGGAUACACAAAACAAGGGCUCUUCACAGUUUUGGAGCAAAUACCUGGAAUGAUCGUAACAGCAGACAGAACUGAAGAGCUGUUUCAGACUGGCUACUGGGCCAGCUACAAUAUCCCGUACUUUGAGGAGGUGUUCAAUGCGAGCGGAGGGCAGGAGCUGGUUCAGAAAUACGGAUCCUGGUUCUCCUUCAGCGACAAUCCGAGAGCGCAGAUUUUCCGCAGAAACCAGUCUCUCGUUACUGACAUCGAGUCCAUGGUGCGUCUGAUGAGGUAUAAUAACUACGAGGAGGACCCUCUGUCGCGCUGUGACGGCUGUGACCCCGCUCAGAACGGGGAGAACUCCAUCUCGGCUCGCUCGGACCUGAAUCCUGGGAACGGCUCGUAUCCGUUCGGGGCUCUGAGGCAGCGUCCUCACGGCGGCACGGACAUGAAGGUGACCAGCGCUGGCAUGUUCAGCCGGCUGGAGCUGGUGGCGGUCAGCGGCCCCACGUGGGAUCAGGUGCCCGUCUUCCAGUGGAGCAGCUCACCCUACAGCACACUCCUGCACAUGGGCCAUCCGGACCGCUGGGCCUUCCAGCCCGUCCACGUCAGGUGGUCCACCUAUCACCUGUCCAGUCCUGGCUGUCCCUGAUCCUCCACACGAUGACCGCAGUCUCAAGAAGAGUCUAAGAAACCAAUGUUUUGAUUAAGAGAAGUGUUAUGUGACUGUUGUGUUCUGGAAGAGUUCCUCUUAAAUGUUCUGCGUCUGUGGAAUGACAAUCAAUCAAGACGUCGUGAUUGUUCUGCUGCUUCUUUUAAUUUCUCACCCAAGCCUUGCACAUGAAAAAUAUGGAAAUUGUCUAAUAAUUGUGUAUCCAGACUAUGGCCAUUAUUCUGUUUUCUAAAAUAUAAAAUUGAGAAUUCAAAAAAAAAUAAAAAUGUAUCAUACAAGCAAAGUGUGAAAGCAUAUCAAACAUAAUCCUGUAUUUUCAGCGGAACAGAAAUCUGUUUAUAAUCAGGUGUCACCAUUGUCCUGUGCUUGUUUAUUAAUCAAUAAUAAUUAAUCAUUAGGUGAAAUACACCUAUAGUGUUCAUGUUGAAUUGCCAAACACUUUUGCUGCUGUUGAGGUGGGAUAUGGGUUAAGUUAGGGCAGGUUUGAGGUGUAGAGGUAGGGUCAUCUAUAGAUGUAGCUAUUUAAAUAUGAGUACAUGUGAAAACAUGAAUACACAAUAAGUGCACUGUAACAAAUGAUUAAUUUAAAUGUAAGUGCACGGUAGUUAAGGACACUUAAAGUGGGUCCCAAAUUUGUACGUCUUAUUAUUAAUUAAAACAAACAUUCAAACUGAACUUCAUUCAGGCUUGUUUGUUUGUAGUGUUGUCAAGGUACCAGUAUAUCGUUACCAAGGCAGUGCAGAAAUUUUAAAUAACUAAUAAUAGCAGUCAUUCUUCAGCUGUGUAUUAGUGAGCGCUCUGUGAGUGAGGAGCAUCAAACGUUUCUGUUUACAGUGUGUUUUCAGAGCGUUGAGCAUUGUAGCCAAUCACAGACAUGUUUGUUGAGCAUGUGAACACAAUGGCCAGUCAGAGGUGUUUAAGCGGUCUUUAUUCAGCGCUUUAGUUAAGUACGGUUGCGAAUCCUAUCAGUAUAAUCAACGAAAUGAAAACACGAGUAAAUAGAGUCGUUGUGCAGUGUGGACAUCUUUAUUGAUUAUAACAGGAGUUUUCCCAAGAGUGCGAGAUAUUUAAAUGCAGUACUGAAUCCAAAAUUGUGAUGAUUGUCACAGUAAUAACCAUAGCAACGGAUGGGACAAAAAAAAUCUGUGAUCUUGGAGUGUAAAUGCAGAAUAAAUAGACUUGCCACUUGUUCUAUAUAAUG